ACAUGAGAUUUCAGGGACAGAAAGGACUGGAGGCGCACUGAGGACUGACAAGAAUUUGGAAAGAAUAACUAACGACAGUGGACAAUGAGGACGCUGCUGUUGUUGUAUCUGUGUGCGUACGUUGCCUGGGCUCAAGACAACCUCGAAUAUGACGACUACGACACGGACGCCAAAAGCUCAUCAUCAAAGAAUACGACAGGGAAUGUAGAGGCUCGAGGUCACCGUCCACUCACAAAAGGCAGGGAGACCUACAACCCCAACCGCUAUGCCCCUCCCCCGAUCAGUGGCGGCAGCAGGUAUCGCGGCCGCCCCAGCACAACGCAAGUCGGAAGACCACAGGAACAGCAGAAGGUGGAGCAACCGGAGGCUGGCGGAUGCACACACGCCUCAGAGGAGAUGGGUGUCUUGUGUCCCAACGGCUGUGAGCUGAAGACGGCACUGCUGAAGCAAGAGAGGAACAUCAAGACGAGCAUCAAUGAACUCAAGCCUGAAGUUGAUGAGUUGUCCAGAUCCUCCAACAACAUCUACAACUACGUCAACAGCAUUUCCACCUCUCUGAGGGAGAGGCAGAGGGUCAUCAAUGACAACACCAGGGUGGUCAGCCAGUACACUGAUCAAGUGGAGGAACAACAUGCCUACAUCAAGGAGACGGUGGACACUGUCUUCCCCUCCAACAUCAGAGUGCUACAGGGGGUCCUGGACAAGAUCAAACUGAAGAUCCAGAAGCUGGAGAAGGCCAUCCAAGCUCAGAGGGACGACUGCAAGGAACCAUGCAAGACCAAGUGUCCCAUACCAGUGGUGUCUGGUAAGGAGUGUGAGGACAUCUUCCGUCGUGGAGGAAAAGACUCCCAGAUGUACAUGAUCCAGCCUGACCCUUUUUACCCUCCAUACAAGGUCUUCUGCGAUCAGACCACCCAGAAUGGAGGAUGGCUUCUCAUCCAGAACAGACUCGAUGGCAGCGUCGACUUUGGCCGCCGCUGGGACGAAUAUCGACGCGGUUUUGGCAACAUUGCCUUUGAUGUUGGCAAGGGUCACUGUCAGACUCCAGGUGAAUACUGGCUGGGUAAUGACCGCAUUAGUCAGCUGACCAAGAUGGGCCCCACUGAGGUUCUCAUUGAGAUGGAGGACUGGACAGGAGCCAAGGUCCACGCACAGUAUCGCCAGUUCACCAUACAAUCAGAGACAUCCAACUACAUGAUGGCGGUCGACGGUUACUCCGGUAACGCUGGGAACUGUUUCCUUGAAGGAUCCUUAGAACUAUUUGGUGAAAACCGCACCAUGACUAUUCACAAUGGCAUGAUGUUCAGCACCUAUGACAGAGACAACGACAACUGGAAUCCUGGCGAUCCUUCCAAACAGUGCUCCAGGGAGGAUGGAGGUGGCUGGUGGUACAACCGCUGCCACUCAGCCAAUCCCAACGGCCGAUACUACAUGAGCGGGCCAUACACGAAGCAAAUGGCCAAGCACGGCACAGAUGAUGGCGUUGUGUGGAUGAACUGGAAGGGGAGCUGGUAUUCGCUCAAGGCCAUCAGCAUGAAGAUCAGGCCUUUCUUUAACUCGAGAUAAGCAUGUCAGGGUCAACAGAGAGGCACACAAAGACACACAAGACACCACCAAAAUUAAGGACGAAGUUAAGUGUUCCAAAAGUGCAAGUUUUGAUACUAAGAUCGUAACCAUUAUGUUUGGGUUAACUCUGGAAGUCUGGACUGUAAAAGUGAAAAAGAACUGAAGAACAUGAAACCUGUUUGAAACUACAUGCAUCAGUAAUUUCAUUAAACUUAGAAAUAUGUGAAAUAAUGUCAGAUAAACUGGCUUGUCUACAGAGAAACAUCUGAUCUGUCCUCCAUUGUAUGUGAUGUCUUCAGUGUGCACAACUAGGAUGAGUUGAUGUCAACUGUCCUCUGCUACUCAAUAAACAUAUUGAGGAACAUA